AUGCUGGCCAAGCUACGUGCAAAGCUCUGCUGCUCUUCAGCCGAUGGCAAUGCCGACGAGGCUGAGCCCGCCAUCUUCCAUGCGAACCCCUCCAUAAACGAGGAACGACUCGAGCCGAAAAGCAAUACGCCGUUUGAUGUUUUCAACACGCCUUCAACCCAUGGUGUCGCGGAGCCGAAAGAUCUCUGGAAAGUCGCCUUUGACGGGCUGGAUCCAACACGCAAAUUCUGGUUCUCGAACGAACAGCCCCCGGCAGAGGAAAUCCAGAAGGUGAUCAGCGAGACGGAAAAGAGAUACGAGGAGUAUCAAACCGGGGGCCUGUUAAUAAGACGACCCGAUGGAAAGGAGAUCAAAGUCCGCGAGAUCACUCAGAAGAUCCUCGCGUCGGCGUUGACUGCGCAAGAAGUCGUGAAAACGAUUGUGAGCUUCGACCAAAGUGGCUAUGGUGGGUUCACAUCCAUCUCUGCAUCAUGCACCGCUGCAUAG